AUUCGUCGCAUCCUUAUACGAUCGUUCAUACAUCCAUAACGAUACGAAAGGUGAAUGUCUGGCGUGUUCUAGACAAGUGAAAAAUCUCUUUUUUCUUCUCUUUUGUUUUUUUUUUUUUUAGUUUGAAAAAACAAGAACUUUCCAAACAUUUCUGGGCACACAGUGAAAAACAAAACAAAAAGCAUUUCAUUUUCUAAAAAUCCAUCACUCGAACACCACACAAAUCAAAAGUGUUGCUCGUUCGCGACGGACAGCGUCAGUGUCUAUGUGAAUGUGUCUACCAUCACAAUCGAUCAACCUGUGGGGGCAACUAGUGCAUUGGUUUUUUUCAAAUUAAAAAAAAAAAAAAAGAAUUUCGUUUUCAAAAAUUGGCGCCAACAUUUGGGUUCGUUAUUGCCGAAAGCUCGUGGUGAACGCGUGUUGUAAGGACUGUCCCGACUGUCUGCUACACUCACCCCAAUUAGUCGGUGACGCUGUGGCCAAAAAGGCCGGAAUUAGGCUACUCCGUGUCAUCAUUGUCACUGCCCUAUUUGGAUACUAUCCCACAGCACAGACUCGGGAAGAAGGCGAUCGGGUAGCCUAGGACUAGAGAUGCAAUCUUCGACGACAUCCACUUGACGGUGAAAGAAAAAACAAAACAAAACAAUCGAAAUUGAAAUACCUGAAAGACAAUUGACCGGCAAUUAAAAUAAUUGAAAAAAAAAACAAAACAAAAAAAAAAACAAACGUUGUUGAUUCAUUGCAAUUUGAAUUGAAACGGCGUGUUUCGUUGCAUGUCAACUGCUAGUGGAAAAUGGCGAACAACAGUAGCAUGAACGAAGACGAUCAAAGGCAGAGGAGUCGGAAACGAUGGCGUGCAUAUGUGAUCAUUUCCAUCGCGGCCGGAUCGUGCCUGCUGGCCGCCCUUCUAGGACCCCUGUGGUCCAGCGUGACUGACAAGUCCAUCAGCAAUGACACGACGACAGCUGAUAGCGGCACACUCCAAAAUCAGAUGUCGAGAAGGACGAAACCAGAAGCGAUUCACGACCCACUCAUCCCAGGCGGAGCAGGAGCAGCGCUGUACGUUUGGCCGCAACGGCUGGCCGACGACGUCGUGCAAGGAUCCGCCGAGCGCCAUUACCGCCGCCGGAGGGAUCUCGUCUGGCAUCCGCAUCCUUCCUACCAACUCACACUCCAAGACGGGACGUCGUGGGCCCGGCUGGAUCUGGAGCCGGCCGGUGAGGAUGAAUUGUUCGUCAGCGGAGGGGCCGAUGUGAUCCAGUUGGUGGACGAGGCCAACAACAUAUCGUCGUCAAUGAAACCAGCUGAUUGGCGACCACUGCGGGGCUGCUUCUAUCGCGGCCAAGUCCAGCAGCCACAUUCGCCAACGGCUGGCCGGGACUCCAAGGUCGUCGUCAGCUUGUGUCACGGACUGACGGGCCAUUUACGGACGAGUAGUGGCAGCUUCUUUAUCGAGCCAUCGCCACUGACCAAUGGCGAUCGAAUGGGCGAUGAAACAACAGGUGUCGUCCGUCACGUCAUUUACCGCGUCCGCCAUCCGUCCCGUUUCGAGCAGCCGCUCGAAACGACGGCACGUACCGUCGACGAUCCGCCAGCAUCCGGCACACCCACCGCCAACGGUCCAGAUGAAGAGGACGUCGCAGGGCGGAGACGUCGACGACGUCGUUCCGUCUCGCAGGAGCGCUUCGUCGAAAUCUUGGUGGUGGCCGACGGCAAGAUGGUCUCGUACCACGGUGACAACUUGGUCCAUUACAUCCUCACUCUCAUGUCCGUCGUGUCAUUGAUUUACAAGGACGCUAGCCUCGGCAACCCUGUCCAGAUCGCUGUCGUUCGAAUGCUUCUGCUCAAGGACCAAGAAUUCGUGUUGACAUCGUCGACGGGCUUGGACGAGUCGUCCAGCAGCAGCAAAGAAUCUCACGAAAUGCUGGACAGCCGGCCGGGCAAGUCCGCAUCGGAAAUGUUACGCAAUUUCUGCAAGUGGCAGCGCGUCUUCAACGAUGUCGACGACUCCAGUGAGUACCAUCACGACACUGCGCUCCUUCUAACGAGGGAAAAUAUUUGCCGCAAUCCCCAAAUGCAGAAAUGCGACACGCUGGGACUAGCCGAGCUCGGCACCAUGUGCGACAUCUCCAAUUCGUGUUCCAUCGUCCAGGACAAUGGACUCAGCGCAGCCUUCACCAUAGCCCAUGAACUCGGUCACGUACUCAACAUGCCCCACGACGACGAUUUCAAGUGCCAGCAGUUCGUCGAGUCCUCGGGCGGCGUCCAUAACGUCAUGUCGAGGAUGCUGGAUCACAACACGUUCCCAUGGGCCUGGUCGAAUUGCAGCCGCUAUUUCAUCACCGAAUAUCUCGACGGUGGCUACGGUGAAUGUUUGCUGGACAAACCAGUGAAGGACCUGCUGGACGCUCACCGAGCUGCCAAGAAAUUACCUGGCGAGAAUUUCGAUGAAAACAAGCAAUGCGAACUCGUUUUCGGCCACGGAUCCAAAAUCUGUCCUUACAUGCCGCCGUGCAAAAGGCUGUGGUGCACGACGUCGGGCGGCGAGCAAGAAGGAUGUCGCACCCAACAUAUGCCUUGGGCCGACGGAACGGCUUGCGGCAGAGGCCGCUGGUGCCGGCACGGAAGCUGCCUCUCUCGUGACGUCAAGAGCCUGGAACCCGUUGACGGAAAUUGGGGAUCGUGGCAAGAGUGGAUGAUGGGCACUUGCUCGCGCACGUGCGGCGGAGGUGUCCAACGAUCCACCAGGAAUUGCGACAAUCCAGCACCGUCCAACGGCGGGACCUUUUGUUUGGGUAAACGAGUACGUUACCGCUCGUGUAACAUCCAAGAAUGCCCGACAGGCACUCCCGAUUUCCGCGAGAAACAGUGCUCCGAUUUCAACAGCAACAACUUCAACAUCCAGGGUCUUCCAGCCGAUGUCAAAUGGGUCCCGAAAUACGCCGGAAUUAGCGUGAAGGAUCGUUGUCGGCUGUACUGCCGCGUGGAACAGUCGAGCGCUUACUACCUGCUCAAGGAUAAGGUAAUCGAUGGGACCAGCUGCGGCCCUGACACUGACGAUAUUUGCGUCAACGGCAUCUGCAAGCCGGCCAGCUGUAACCACGUCCUCGGUCGCAAGGAACAACUCGAUCUUUGUGGUGUGUGCGGUGGUGACAACUCGACGUGCGUCAUCCUCAACGGCGGCUAUAAUAGCACUCAAUACGGCUACAACGUUGUCACAAGGAUCCCCGCCGGUAGCUCCUCGCUGGAUAUCCGCCAGCGCGGCUAUCAGGGCUCCAACCGCGAUGACAACUACCUGGCUCUACUCGACCCGCAAACGGGCGAAUAUCUCCUUAAUGGCAACUAUGUCGUUAGCAUGUUCCAGAAAACGAUCCAAUUUGGCGGCACCACCAUCGAAUACACGGGGUCGGACGCUGUCGUUGAGCGUCUUAACUCUUCGAAACCCCUCAAGAAAGAUGUCGUCGUUCAGGUCCUGUCUGUCGGUAAUUUGUACUCACCGGAUAUUUGGUAUCAAUACGUCGUGUCCAGAGCGGAAGGCAAAGCUCCGACUUACCACUGGAAAUUGCAAGAACAAUGGACGGCUUGCAACAAACUCUGUCAUGGCCAACAAUUCCGUAAGGCGAUCUGCGUUCAAGCAUCUGGCGGCUUACAAAAGAUGCCCGAGGAAUAUUGUUCGGCAUCUCCGCCUCCUCCGCCUAUUGAAACGCAGCCUUGCCAGACACAGUGCAUCCUCAGAUGGCGCGUGAUUCACCAUUCCGAAUGCUCUGCCCAUUGCGGCAUGGGCGUGCGCAACGUGACCAAGCAGUGCGAGCAAGAAUCUCUCGAGCCACAACACCACCAACAGCAACGGCCUUAUUCCAAUAUCGUGCCGGUAGAUGAUCGGCAUUGCCGCCACUUGAAUGAUCCACCGCCGGAUACGGAACCUUGUACCGGCACUUGCCAUUCGGCCCAUUGGCAAUUCCAUCCUUGGAGUCAGUGCUCAUUGACGUGCGGUGGUGGCAUUCAAACGCGCAAGGCUCAUUGCGUCGACCUGAACGGCCGCGUCAUUGCAGACAGCAAUUGCCCGUUGGAGGAGAAAGUCCUUCGGCAGAGCUGCCACAUGGAGAGCUGCCCCCGCUGGGAGGUCGGAGAAUGGACGCCGUGUUCGGUGAGUUGCGGGACGGGCGAGCGCCAACGGGGCUACUGGUGCCAACUCGAGAACCACGUCAUCGUCAAAAGCUACUGCUAUCCGGUCCGGCCUCCCGUCCACAAGGAGGCCUGCCACAUGGGUGACUGUCCCCAAUGGCACGCCACUCAAUGGGGCCAGUGUUCCGUCACCUGCGGAGUUGGACAAGCCGAGCGGAUCGUCGGUUGUCGCAUGGACAAUGGCAGCGUCGUCGAUGCUGCCUAUUGCGCCGGCCAAGACAGGCCGACAUCCGUGCAACAAUGUUUCGAAUAUCCGUGUCCGACGGAACCGCCGACGACUCCAUCCACCGUCCAGCCGACGACGCAACAGCCAUCCACCACCAACUCAGCGGCGCCCACUAGCGCCGUUCCAGUGGCUUCGUUCGCUCUGGCCGGAUACCGACCGCAGCCGAUGGAGAUACACAACAUCGAUCCGGCUCUUAACAGCCUCGAUCCGGCCGAUUGGAAUCCAGAAUCAAACGAUAUUCCACGCAUCAUUGCCACAUGGCGGACUGGAACUUGGGGACAGUGCUCGUCGACUUGCGACGGUGGAUACCGCAUGCGGACUGUCGUCUGUUACGACAUGAUCGCCAGUAGAGAAGUGGACCAAUCGCAUUGCUCCGAUGCCAUCCCCGUUGGCGUUGAGAAAUGCGCCACACAUCCGUGCGCUGCCUGGAUCACUCACAAUUGGACGUCGUGUUCCGUUACGUGCGGCACUGGAGUAUCCGUCCGCGUAAUCGAGUGCCAGUACCUGUUCAAUAAUUCCGGCGCACCGGAAGAGAUGUGCUCGGCGCUGGAGAAGCCGCCGGCUGAGAAGAGCUGUUCCGCAGCGCUGGCCGUUUGCAGUGGAUCGCCCAUCUCGCAUUCCGUUUCCGUAGAACACAAUCACACUUCCAAUACCCCGCAGUGGAGGACCGGGUCCUGGGGAUCGUGCUCGAAAACGUGCGGCGGAGGAUUUAAGCGACGACAGGUUGUUUGUCACGACGAACUUUUCAAGGAUUCUGACGGAUGCAUUCCAGCCAAGCGGCCACAAGAUACAGUACACUGUAACACGGAUCCUUGUCCCACCUGGUCUUCCGGCGAAUGGAGUGCAUGUUCCAAAUCGUGUGGUGGAGGGACGCAAACCCGGCCGGUGACGUGCCGUGAUCAUCUGGGUCAAACUCUGCCGGAUCAUCGUUGCCACCCAUCCGGAAGACCCGAGUACAGCCAGAGUUGCCACACGGAUCCAUGUCCAACUGAGCCUCCCGUUCCCGAGAAGACGUACAAAUGGAAAACGGCCGCAUGGACUACGUGUUCGAAAACGUGCGGCAAAGGGGACCAGUACCGCGAAGUCUACUGUCAAGAAGUUGAAGGUCGCGUGCGUGUGGACGAGACCCGGUGCCCGGAAUCCAGCCGUCCGCGUUCGCGUCGCGGGUGCAACAAGGCCGCCUGUCCGUAUUCGUGGGAAGUGGAGAAUUGGUCCGAGUGUUCGCAUCCGUGCGGGUCUGGAAUUCAACAUCGUAGAGUCACUUGUCAUCGCGUCAACGCGUACGAAUGGAUUGACCCGGAGCCCGUCUCGUUUGGAUGCAACGCCACGCAAAGGCCGGCUGAAAUGCAGGGAUGCAGUCUUGGCAACUGUAACGCUCUCUACAUGUGGCGGGCGUCGGCUUGGCAGCCGUGCACGGCCUCCAGAUGUGGCCGCCAAGGUUUCCAGAAACGAUCGCUGGCCUGCGUUAAUAGCCGCACAGGAUCCAGGGUCUCGCGAUCUUUUUGCCCGCAAGAAUUCAGGCCCAUACGCAAGAGACGCUGCCGGCCUUCUCCAUGCGGGUACGUGUCGUGUAAAGACGUUUUAAUGCGGUCCGGCGGCAAAGGUCGAAAGGCUCCGCUUCCGGACGGACCGUACACUUUGAUCGUGGCCGGAAAGAACAUCACCAUUUAUUGCCAUUUAAUGAACACGUCUUCGCCGCUGGAGUACUUGACGCUGACAACGGGACAUCAAGAGAACUACGCCGAAGUUUACGACAAAACAUUGAUACGGCCUGAUAACUGCCCUUAUCAAGGAGCACGCAAAGAUUCGUGCGACUGCUUCCUAAACCGGCGGGCAGCGGGUACCACCUCCUUCAACAAAAUCCGGCUCAAUGUCACCUCGUUGCGUGUCGACAGUCAUGAUUUCACGUUUGCCCGGCUGGUGAGGGGCCACCAAAUGGUGGGUUACGGCGAAGCGGGCGACUGCUACAGCACGGCCAACUGCCCACAGGGCCGUUUCAGCAUUAACCUGCAAGGUACCGGACUGCGUGUUUCGCCGCAUACCAGCUGGGCAGGCCACGGCCAUCGUGCAUCUUUGUGGAUCAACAGACUGGAGGAUAAUCAAAAGAUUCAGGGCAAGUGCGGUGGUUACUGCGGGCGUUGUAGCCCCGAUCCGCACGCCGGUCUCAAAUUGGACGUAGUGUGAAUCUCUUCUACCCUCCUCUUUUUUUUUUUUUUUUUUUUUUUUUAGGAAAUUUCAUAUCGAUU